AUAAGAAGAGAAGGCACUAACCUAUUUGAAUCCGCACCGUCUCCUCUCCGCUAGCUUCCUUUCUACCUUGGGUGUUUAUUCUUAAAGACAUGGAGGUCUCCAAGAUCAAGAUGCCAGGCUUGUGCUUGCUGCUGCUCAUGCCACUCCUGUUGCUUCCUGGAUCUGAAUCUGGCGAUUAUUGCAAGGUGUUCAGCAAGACCUACACUACUUUUCACUGCGCGGACAAUCCAUGCGCUGGGCACUGCCGCAAUGAGGGCUUCCCUCGUGGGUGGUGUGAGUUCGUCUCCUUAGAACCUCUCGCCUUAGUCUGCUUCUGCAGGAAACCCUGCUGAUGAUGCUUGUGAAGUAAUAACACUGUUGUGUGUUUGUAAGGAAGUGUAUAUGUGAACUUCUAUGUCGUAUUUGCCGUGACGAGCAGAUUAGCAUAGAAUUCACCUAAGUCAGUAUAAUAAAGGUGAAGUUGCAAUAGUCUGCCUCCCUUUUGGGUUCAUCCUGAUGAGCAGGAGUCACAUUAAGCUCUUGAUGGUCCUCUCUGCUGAUGAAACCUGUUCUUGGUCUGAAUAAGGAGAGACUGAUGCCUUUGUCUCUUA